CUUGAAGACUAGUAAUGGCCAAAAAGCAGGUUAAACCCAAAAAGAAAGGCCCAGACCAAGUAUCAGACAACCCACCACUCGUCAACCUUUCUCAGGAAGAGCAAUGGCGGAUUAUAAACGAGUCUGGUGUUCUUCACCAAAUCAAAGCGGAAGACACAAAGGAGCAAAGGUCCGGUUCCAAACAAGAAGAGGAGCCCACAGUGUUGGUAGCUUUGCUCCUUACUAUACCUCUCACGGUGCUACACGGUACGCUUGAGUACGUUGUCCACCUCCAAUACGACUUUCUUCAAGAGUUUACGUGGUCCCGCAUCCUCAGUCGCCAGGUACCACUGGCGCCAGUGCUGGCACUGUUUAUAUACAUUACGACGAGAUAUAAAGAAUCGCGAGCGGCACAGGCAGUGUUUAUGCUGGGGAGUCUGGCGAGUGGGUGCGCUUUGAUACAUCUCUCACAGGACGAUCAAACAUUUGGGGCCAUGUUGAAGACGCCUGGAUUAGCGAUUUUGUGGAUAUACUUUGUGAUUCAGGCCAAACUGAGCUAUGCAUCGAUUAGUUUGCUUGGAUGUCUCUUGUACUAUAACAGACAUUGGCUGCAACUUAAUGGCGCAAUAAAGAAACUCGAACUGUGAAGGGGCGGGUGAGAGGAGAUUUCAACCUGCAGUUCCAAGGAUCAUCUGCAUAACAUCCACGUUCCUAAAGCA